CAUUCACAUUAUUCAAAAUUAAAUUUACAUGAUAUUAAUCCCUCAUUCUGUAAAUAUUGAUAUACCAAAUGUUAUAAUUUUUAUUUUAAAUCCUGUUGGCGGAAAUCAUUUUGUGGGGAAAUUUCCGUGUAUCCUAACUGGGAAGGACGUUGUUUCAUGUGAUUAGUAUCGUAUAUACAAGAAAGAACAGUUACACGGCUGUCACAUUAGGAAGAGGAUGUCACAACGCAGCGCUCUGUCAGAGAUAGAAAAAUCAUCCGAUAGAACGAGGUCGAGAAAUUUCCUCUGCAAUAUCUGGUCGAAUCAGAAGCCUGAGCAGCAGAUUACACAAGAAGAAUUCCAAAACGAUUUUGUCGAUACAUACGAUGAGCAGAAUGUAGAUGAAAAUGAAUUUUCUAAUAUUGAGGUAACGGAGCAUGCUUUGUCCAGUGAAAUUACCUCAGACUAUUCCGCAGACUCUCAAAGCAAAGACCACAAUCUAAAGAGCAGAGAAGUCAAUGAAGUUGUUGUUCCAAAAUCAGAUGAUCUGAAACCGACCAUUUCUGGGUUAGAUGAACCAGAUGGGAAUUAUUAUGACUUCUCGGAAAUGGGAGCAGGUCUACAUAACUCUGAUGUUCAGGAUGAUGAUGAUACAAGUGACUAUUUUGACAGUGAAGACGAAUACUUUGAAACGUACAGAAAGAAUUUUGAAGAUCAAAGAUUAAUGCAUGGCAUGGUGUCUUCUCCUUACAAUUCUGAAGGAAAUGGAAGAUACAGUAGAGGUAUAGCACAAUACUAUAAUAUGCCGGUAUUAAUGAAGUCCAUUCAAAAGUACGCAGAUAGCAAUGGUUUUGAAGUACAUGAUGUUACAGCUGACGGAAACUGUCUCUUCAGAGCUAUAGCUGAUCAGCUGUCAAUCAAUGGUGUAUUCGGAAAUUCGCCUGAUUCACUACGGAAUUUUGUUCUCAACAGGUAUCUUCGGCAAAAUCCCUUACAAGAAGAUGGCUCGCACUUAGAAGCUUUCCUUUACUCCGAAACGUGGGAACAAUAUUUAUCAAGAAUGGAGAAAAACACCGAAUGGUGUGAUCAUAUGGUUCUGAAAGCCUCUGUAGACGCACUAGGGAUGAAAGCCGUGAUUUAUAACGUGUAUGAAACAGACGUCAGACGCACUGAAGUCUUGCCUGGAGGCCAUCACGGACGGGCGGAAUGUUUGACGAUUUAUCUCGGUCACUUUGGAGAGUUUCACUACCUGAGCUUAAGACCAAAGAACUGGGAGAGAGAAUGGCAGUACAAAGCACUGUUGUUCAGAUACUAUACAUGUACGAAAACCAUGGAACGUGAUGCAAGGAAGGACUUUCUUCAGAGGAAAAUCGACAGCAUGAAAGCGCUUAAUAUUGCAGACAAGGGGGCCAUCAGAAAUCUACUGGGAAUUGAAUCAACUGACGGAGAGAACCAGACUGACAGAAAGCGCACACUUUCUCAUGAUCUUGGGUAUUCAAUCUGUAAAACGUACGGACUGUCAGAUCUGGAACCAGAAGAAAGCAAAGAUUCGCAGCAGUGCUGCAUUGAAGACAGUUUUCACAUCGACUCAAGAACAGGAAUACCACUUCCACAUUUAUUUUUCAUGUUCAGGCAUUUGAUAUCUCGAUUACUGAUUUUGACAUACUCUCAGUAUAUUCCACCGAUUACUGUAGACGGAACUCUGUUCCAAUACAUAGGCACUUACGCAAUGGGAACAGACGUGUAUUUGAAGGAUAUCACUAGAGGGAAGAUAAUGCAAAGCUCCAACGAUAAAAUGAAAAAGGACGCAACAGUUGUUGCACAUACUAUGGAAGACUUAUUGUCUAAAAUGAUGGCUGAUACAGCGUCAACCCAUCCGGGAUAUUUACAUGUAAAAGUUCUGUCAUCUGGUACUGAAUUUCCCGCAAAAAGUCUAUAUAGACAUGCAGGACAGAUUUAUUUGAAAAAUUUAGAAGUUCCACAGGAGAUGACUCUCCCCCAGAGAACGGCAGAAUGUAUGGUAGGAUUCCAAUGUGAAUUUCCAUCAACAAUGAAAGAGUGGCGUAACAGACCAAGAAAAUUCCAGUGGCCCCCAAAAGAGGUGAUCGCUGAAAUUCAAAAAUUGGGAUGUACUGUGAUCCCUAAACACCAUCCACAAAGUUCUCAUCCAGAGAUUGAAUGGAAAUUUAAUUUCUCUUCAUCGGAGACUAUACUCUUCAGCAAAGCUAUAUAUGUUUCGACAGCUCGACUCCACGGGUUCGAUACACUAAAAGUACUGCUAGAAAGUUGUAGCGCUGGACGACUAAAACACAAACACAUCAAAGCAGUCUUUUUCAGCUGCUGCGAACAGAUUCCAGCAGAUACAUGGGACACAAAUUUUGGAGGAGCUAUACUCUAUAGUAUAUCUUAUCUGUUAGAGUGUUUAAAAAGAAAGAACUUGCCACAUUACUUUAUUCCAAGUAGAAAUCUUCUCGACUGCUACACGGAGGAAGAGAUUGACGACAUUUACUUUCAGACAGAAGCUGCUCGGUUGUUCCCAUUACAAACUAUUCAAUUUCUUGCCUCGAAAUACGGAUAUUCAUAUGGAUCAAAGUUAGAAGCGAUCAUUUUUCAGAACUGUAGAAACUUUGCAAGAAACAGAAACUUAGUCCAAGAUUAUAGAGAGUAUUUUGUUCCUGGAACGAUACGGACAGUGAAAUUUUUGGCUAGACGGGGAUUGUAUGAUGCAGCAUUUACACUCCUUCGCGAUACCUUUGAAACUGGAUUUUGUUCAUCUAGAGAUGAAUUCUGCAGUUUGGCCGAGUUUUUCUGUAGUGCUCUUGGUGAGCUUCGACAGAAGACAUCUCGAAUCAUUUUGGCAAAAAUGUUUGAGAACGAAUGUGGCAUUAAUCUAUUAAAUUCCAUCAUGAGAAAAGAAUGCUUAUUUGUUAAGGAUAUCUUACAAUGGGAAGUAAGUUUCAAGAUUGCCUGGCUUGAUAUUCCAGCAGAAAAAACGAAAAAUUUUGAGUUACUGGCAGAAUUCUUUUAUGAAUUUAGCAAAAAUGAAUUGAAAAGGGACAAUACCGAUUUAGCUUCUCUUGGAAUUGCAGAAGCUAUCCACUGUUUAGAGCGAUCCAUUCAAGACAGUAACAUGCUUGACGUUACAGAGAUUGAAGAUGAGGAUUUAAAUAGGGAAAUCCUGGCACAGAAAUCUGAUAUCAUGAAAAGGCUGAAAGAAAAACUAAAAGACUGCUUUAUACAUGCAUAUUGGAUUUCACAGUUAUAUCGGACAUUUAGUCCACUUCAAAAUUAUAUACCGGCGAUAGAAGAAUUGAGCAAAGAAUUGCCAGAGAUGUAUGGCAUCGUUAGCAUUAUGUUUGGAUUCCUAAGGAACCACAAUAAGCGAAAAGAAUAUGAAGAACUUUAUGAUUCGUACUUGGGUGCAGACACACGUGUGUACAGAAGCAACACGAAGUUCCAUUAGGUGCACACUUAGCUCUUCUUCGUCGAAUAACCAUUCUGUACAAUAGGUAUUAGAUGAGGUUUUCACAAGGCUAAUCUCAUGAACAUGAUGCUUCAAUAUUAUCAUUUUUAUUUAAUGAUAUUUGUCAUUAUUUCAUCAUGGAGUUACAAUAAUUCAAAAUUGUCACAUAUCCUUCUAAGUUUCUGCUUUUAUUGAAUUAAUAUUACAGUUUACUUUUUAUACCCCCCGAAACAAGUACUGGAAUCGGGUUGUCCGUCUGUCUGUCCGUCCGUCCGCCCGUCUAUAGACGCAAUGGUUUCCGGACUCUAAAGCAUUAUCCUUUCCACCUACCGUCACCAUAUCAAAUAUAUGGACUACCCAUGGGAUGAAGAUGUUCCCUAUCGAUUUUGGGGUCAAAUGGUCAAAGGUCAAGCGCACUGGACAUCGAAGUAGCAAUAUGGUUUCCGGGCUUUAAAGCGUUAUCCUUUCCACCUACAGUCACCAUAUCAUACAUAUGGACUACCCAUGGGAUGAAGAUGUUCCCUAUCAAUUUUGGGGUCAAAAGGUCAAAGGUCAUGCGCACUGGAGAUCGAAGUAGCAAUAUGGUUUCCGGGCUCUAAAGCGUUAUCCUUUCCACCUACAGUCACCAUAUCAUACAUAUGGACUACCCAUGGGAUGAAGAUGUUCCCUAUCGAUUUUGGGGUCAAAAGGUCAAAGGUCAAGCACACUGAACAUCGAAGUAGCAAUAUGGUUUCCGGGCUCUAAAGUGCUAUCCUUGCCACCUACAGUCACCAUAUCUUACAUAUGGACUACCCAUGGGAUGAAGAUGUUACCUAUCGAUUUUGGGGUCAAAAGGUCAUAGGUCACGCGCACUGGACAUCGAAGUAGCAAUAUGGUUCGGUUUGUCAUGCCAUUUGUUUUUUACACUCAGAAAAGAGGUAGUUUAUACCUAUUACCAACACCCUUUGGGAGAUUGGGGUAAGCGGGGGGUAUUCUUAGUGAGCAUUGCUCACAGUACCUCUUGUUUCUAUUUUUAUUACGUAGGAAACAGGUACACCGAUUGACAUUUAUUUAGUUCUUCCUAAUUUUGACAAGGGGUUAUAAUAGAUACACCCAUCAUUAUUGUAGUCCUUCCCAUUACAACAGAUAAUUUUGUGCUUAUGAUAAUAUAUAGGGUAGCCUAUAUGCUACACGUGUUAAUCUAUUUUUAUUCGUUUGUUUGUUUUACGCCCCUUCUACAAAUUUUUCACUCCUAUUCAGAUGUCGUUGUAGAUGAAGACGUAGCAGUGAAGGACCUCCGUUUUAAGUUCUUGUUCGAAAGACCCGCAAUUCUCACUUCUAAAUCCCGAAAUUUGGCGUAGAACCUAGCAAUUAUUACCUAUGUUUACAUUUUAGGCACUAUCUUCACAAGCCAAGUGUCCGAUUUGCUUACUCUCAUCCCACGGGGAAUUGCGGUUACGGGGGGCACCACUUUAUGAGGCAGGGGGUCUGGGGGCCACCAUGAAGCUCCUGGAUUUUAUAUGGUUUGAAAUAUGUCUCCUAUUUAGUUUUUUGUACUAUUUUCUAUCAUUUUUUAUCAGGUGAAAUUGAUAAAAUGAUGCAAAUUUUAAGGUUUAAAAAAGAAAAGAAAAAAAGUUCUCCCAAUAAAGUAAUUCAAGAAAUCAAAAGAUUUUGUCAAUUAUUUUUCCGAGAGUGGAAGAUUUUAUUGCUUCUUUUAUUGUUUAGUACAUUUUUCUAAACAAGAUAUUAACACGAUUUACCUUAAAUUUGAAAAAAAAUUUGGGGGGGGGGGGCGGCUGCGACCCCCUUAAAUCCGCCACUGAUCUCCCCCUUGGCGGAUUUAGUUGCGACUGAAUUGCCAUCUAACGGAUCAAGCGAGUUACCGUUCUUGACGAAAACAAAAUCUAACCAAUCAGAUAACGCAUUUUAAUUUCUGUUACAUACAUGUGUAUGUUCACAAAAUGGAGAUGACAGAUGAAAACAAUAAAAUUGUUUUUUUA